GACGAUAGAUCCAUCAGGAGACUAGGAAGAGGACGCACAAACAACCUACAUCUGUUAAUGAAAAGACUAUUUAAAGUCUAACUAGGCCUAUAUAACAAUGCACAGGGCCAUCGGAACAGUUUCUGCAAUUAAAUCUUUAGGGUACCCAGGCCCGGCCUGUGUCAGGAGGUGCGAAUGUGAUGAACUUCCCUGUCCAUUGCUCACCUGGCUGUGUGCGCAGCUCAAAAUGCAGUGCCCUGAGCUUAAAGGAGGAGGGAGUGACUUACUAUUGGCUAAAGAGCUCAAAAAUAUGCUGCUGGAAAUGUCUUCUCCUCUGACCUUUGAAGUUUCGGACCCAUCUACGCUUGAUAAAAUUACCGAUUACUUUAUAUCAGAACUGCAAGCCGCUAUCAUCAACAAGCACAAGGACAUUAGUUCUGAUGAAAAAGGAGGAGAGGAAGAUCCAAAAGAGCAAAGGUGUGUUAGCUUGAAUGCUGAGGAGAGCUGUCAAGAAAAUGAAGAUUCCGCUGCCAGUAAGCAAGCUGAGUGGAUGCUGAUUCUCAAAACCCUUAACAUGGAUGCAAAUUCAUGUGUUACAGAUGUUUUGAAUGAGGUGGAGUCAAGGAUGACAAACCUACCAUCUGAUGCCAUCAGCCCUCUUCUAAAGACCAGUCCUAAUCCAGAGCAGUGGGUCAAACUUAAAAAACUAAAUGAAGUUUUGUCUAAAGAUUAUAAGUGUCGGAAGCAAAUGAUGAUCAAACGCUUUCAAGUAACACUUGAAUCAUUUACAUGGGGAGACAUUAAAAUGGAAAAAAGUAAAGUCCUAGACACAAUUCCUCAGAUUGCUUUGCUUGAGGGCCCUUCUGACGUCUCUCUGCAUCAUGUUCUUGCUGCCAGAGUGAAUCUGUCUUGUAAUGAACCAAUUCGCCCAGGGAAUACAACUUCAGUUUACAAAGUGAAGAUGGGAGCGGUCCCAGAUCGUGGAGGCAGACCCGGAGAAAUAGAGCCACCAAUGCCAUCAUGGGAAGAUCGGAAAUCAGGACACAGAUCAGGACGAGGAGGUGGAAACCAGAAAUGGCGCAAAUUUGCAGACAAAAAAAAGAAAAAACGUUGAUUUAACAUAAUUAUUAAAAAGGGACACUAGAA